AUGCCACAUUCGAUAAUUGUUGGCGGUCGCCAGACCGAGUGGCAACAUUCAUCCACUACCUUGAUUGAGAAUUGUGUUUCUUAUUCGGCUCAUUACCUGGGUUCGAUGGAGAUUUCAAAUGUGGAAGGAACUGAAGAUUCCCGAAGAGCCAUGAUCAAACUUAAAAGUGGUAUUCGUGAGAUAUCCAGGAUACCGCAAGUUUUAUUGGAAAUUUCAGUAUCCGGUGUUCGAGUGCUUGAUGCCUUUACAAAGCUACUAACAGUGGAGCAUUCAAUUACACAAAUACAAAUUGUUUGCCAGGAUGAAAGAGAUCUGAACUGUUUUGCUUAUAUAUCACAGGAUGGCGAAAGACAUUUCUGCCAUGUUUUCUGUGUUUUAACAGCAGAUGUGGCUACCGAAAUCAUUUUGACACUGGGACAGGCAUUUGAAGUAUGCUACAGGAUCGCUGGUAAAACAUGUGGAAGUGAUGAAUGA